AAGAAUUAAUCCACCGUCACUUUUGGGGCCACGAAUUGACUUCCAUGUACUUCACGAAUUGUGUCUAAAGCACUUAAUCCCCAGAGUUGGCAUUAAGAGAUCAACUUUUAGAGCCUUACAGCUCUCCACCACCCGUUACCACUACAUAAUUCUCUUCCGACCGUUUCUUAAAGCCGCCAUUCUAACUGGGCGCAUCUCUUCUGCCCAUUCAUGACACAAGCUUAGGGGCUUCCUGCUGCCUCUACCGUCCUCACAAUGCAGGCCUCUUCGGGAAUGCUAACAAAGUUCGAGUCCAAGUCCUCGAGAGCGAAAGGUAUUGCCUUUCACCCAAAGAGACCAUGGAUUCUCGUAUCGCUACACUCGUCGACCAUACAGCUGUGGGAUUACCGCAUGGGAACUCUCAUUGAUCGUUUCGAAGAGCAUGAUGGUCCCGUCCGAGGCGUCGAUUUCCACAAGACACAACCUCUCUUCGUUUCCGGUGGCGACGACUACAAGAUCAAAGUCUGGUCUUAUCAGACGAGAAGAUGUCUGUUUACUCUGAAUGGGCAUUUGGACUACGUACGAACAGUCUUCUUCCACCACGAGCUGCCGUGGAUCAUAUCAGCAUCCGACGACCAGACGAUCCGAAUAUGGAACUGGCAAAAUCGGUCAUUAAUUUGCACGAUGACUGGCCAUAAUCACUACGUAAUGUGCGCCCAGUUUCACCCGAAGGACGACCUCGUAGUAUCCGCGUCUCUCGAUCAGUCCGUUCGUGUCUGGGAUAUAUCUGGUCUACGAAAGAAGCACUCCGCCCCGACCUCUAUGUCCUUCGAGGACCAGGUCGCCCGUUCGAACGCUCAGCAGACCGACAUGUUCGGUAACACGGACGCGAUGGUGAAGUUCGUACUUGAGGGUCACGACCGGGGUGUAAAUUGGGUCGCUUUUCAUCCGACGGCGCCGCAUAUCGUCUCCGCUGGCGAUGACCGUCUUAUAAAGCUGUGGCGAUUUAGCGAGACGAAGGCCUGGGAGGUGGAUACCUGCCGUGGACAUUUCCAGAAUGCUUCCGGUUGCUUGUUCCACCCUCAUCAAGAUUUAAUUCUGUCCUGUGGCGAGGAUAAGACGAUUCGAGUAUGGGAUUCUCAAAAGCGUACUGCUGUCCAAUCAUUUAAACGAGAAAACGACCGAUUCUGGGUCAUCGCGGCGCACCCUGAAAUCAACCUGUUUGCUGCCGGUCACGACAAUGGUGUGAUGGUGUUCAAACUCGAACGCGAGCGUCCAGCGUCGACUGUUCACCAGAAUUCGCUCUUUUUCGUCACGAAAGAGAAACACGUCCGCUCUUACGACUUCCAAAAGAACGCCGAGAGUCCAACGUUGCUAUCCUUGAAGCGACUCGGUAGCGCUUGGGUUCCUCCUCGCACCUUAUCUUACAACCCGGCUGAGCGUUCUGUUCUCAUAACAUCUCCUGCCGAGGGUGGCAAAUAUGAACUAAUUAACCUUCCUCGAGACGGCUCUGGUGCGUUGGAAGCGACUGAUUCCAAGAGCGGAUCAGGUAACUCGGCUAUCUUUGUGGCUCGAAACCGAUUUGCCGUACUCGACACGUCCACGCAGACCAUCGACAUUAAAGAUCUUUCUAAUAAUACGGCAAGAAGCAUUAAACCCCCUCCUGGAACUACCGAUAUCUACUUUGGCGGCACUGGAAACCUGUUUAUAAUUACUCCUACCGCGGUUCACCUGUACGACAUUCAGCAGAAGAAGAGCAUCGCCGAGUUGUUGGUGAAUGGUGUCAAGUAUGUUGUCUGGUCGAACGAUGGUCUUCAUGCAGCACUUUUGAGCAAACACAACGUUACCAUUGUGACGAAGACUCUCGAACAGGUUAGCACUUUACACGAGACCAUCAGGAUCAAGAGCGCAACUUGGGAUGAUGCGGGAGUCCUACUGUACUCUACCCUGAACCACGUCAAGUACACUCUUAUGAAUGGUGACAACGGCAUUGUUAGGACCCUUGACCAGACAGUCUACCUCGUGAGAGUCAAGGGCCGAAAUGUCUACUGCCUCGACCGCGCCGCUAGGCCUAAGAUCCUUCACAUCGAUCCGACCGAGUAUCGCUUCAAGCUGUCGCUGGUAAAGCGCAACUACGAGGAGAUGCUUCACAUUAUACGCACUUCUAGCUUGGUCGGCCAAUCUAUCAUUUCGUACCUACAGAAGAAAGGAUACCCCGAGAUCGCUUUGCAAUUCGUACAGGACCCAACCACUCGUUUCGAACUUGCCAUUGAAUGUGGCAACCUUGACGUGGCUGUAGAGAUGGCCAAGGAAUUAGACCGACCUAAGCUUUGGACGAGGUUAGGCGCCGAGGCUUUGGCCCAUGGAAACCACCAGGUCGUGGAGAUGGCUUACCAGAAGCUCAAGCAGUUCGACAAGCUUUCUUUCCUAUAUCUCGCAACUGGUGACCAUUCGAAACUGUCAAGGAUGGCUAAGAUUGCCGAGCAUCGGGGUGACUUUACCGCGAGAUUCCAAAACGCGUUAUACCUAGGUGAAGUCGAGGACAGGAUACAGAUGUUCAAAGAGAUCGACUUAUACCCUCUGGCGUAUAUGACAGCCAAAGCACAUGGCCUCGAGGAAGAGUGCCAAUCGAUCCUAGAGGCAGCUGGUAUUACUGAAGAGCAAUUAACGCUGCCUACCUUUGGCGAGAACCUCACUCCUCCGAAGCCGGUUGUCCCGACGUACAAGGCCAACUGGCCUACAAAGGCGACCUCGCAAUCCUUCUUUGAGAAGGCCCUUGCCAGUCAACUUGAAGGUAUAACUCUCGAGGAGGAGCCUUCGGCAGCCGGCAAUGGAAUUCUGGAUGAGGCUGUUGAUGAGGAUGUUGCUACUAAGCGAAAUGGCGGGUUGGAAGGCGAAGACGAUGAGGACGCGGCCGGAUGGGACAUGGGCGAGGACAUCGUUCCCGAAGCUGACAGCGACUUCGUUAACGUUGAGAGUACAGACGCCGGAGGAGCUGGAAGCAGCGAGGCUGACCUGUGGGCUCGCAAUUCUCCCUUAGCUGCGGAUCACAUCGCUGCAGGCUCCUUCGAGUCUGCUAUGAACCUCCUUAACAGGCAAGUUGGCGCUGUCAACUUUGCUCCGCUCAAGCCACGUUUCCUGGAGAUUUAUUCCGCGUCGAGGACCUUCCUCCCCGCAUCCCCUGGGUUACCGCCUCUAGCUAAUUAUGUUCGCCGGACUUUGGAAGAGACGGAUCCUAGGAAAGUUCUGCCUAUCAUCCCUCGAGACAUCGAGCAUCUUGCCACUACCGAUCUACAUAAGGGAUAUGACGCGAUGAAGACGAACAAACUUGAAGAGGGUGUUCAGAUCUUUAAGAGUAUCUUACACGCCAUGCUCGCAAACGCGGUUGCGAGCGAAAGUGAGGUAGCAGAAGCUAAGAAGCUCAUCACUUCGGCAAGCGAAUACACCGUCGCCAUGUCAAUCGAACUCUCACGAAGAAAGCUAGGUCCUCCGGAUGCCGUUAACGGCAACCCUGCGCUUCUCAAACGAAGCCUUGAGCUGUCUGCAUACUUUACAAUUCCUAAGAUCGAAGUUCCCCACCGACAACUUGCUCUUCUCAAUGCUAUGAACCUAGCGUCUAGGAGCAAGAACUUCAGCUCCGCCUUGAGUUUUGCAAACCGCAUCCUGGCCAAUGGCGGUGCUCAAAGGAUUCUCGAGACUGCACGAAGGAUAAAAGCACAAUGCGAGCGCAACCCGCAUGACGCGGUAGAGAUUGAAUACGACCAGUUCGCCGAGUUCGAGAUCUGUGCUGCCAGCCACACGCCUAUCUACAGCGGUUCCCCGUAUGAGGAGUGUGCGUUCGACGGAUCCAAGUACCAUGCCAAGUACAAGGGUACCGUCUGCGCAGUCUGCGAGGUGUGCGAGGUCGGAAAGCACGGCAGUGGUCUCAAGUUAUUCGCUUAGAUAAAAGAGGGUGUUUGAUAGUUUAGCCUAGCCUGGCUGUGGAGUAGGUAAUGAUGAAUCUUACGAGUCGUACUCUCUGUGGACGUGGCCGGAGGAAAAAAAGUCAUUGUCGCUGGGACCGGGGCCAGGGGCUAAAAUGAUUCAUAUAUUUAUGUAGAAAGCUGGAACGAGGAGUUGCCUAAUCAAAUGAAACCUACCUAUUCAUACAAUCGUCGGACCGAUGCAUGUAAAUAGUGGUAAUUGUGUUGUUUAGGGAGGUGACUGAUGCGUCUCGUUUCUAUGUUAUGACGAUUAUCAUGAUAGCAGGCACCUUAGGUUAGGUUAGGGACUCUUGCUCAUACGAUUAGGAA